AAAAACUUGACAAUUCUAUUACAUUAAAUCAUGCCAUUAAAGUAUAUCAAGGAACACAAAUAAGACAAAAUUGGCCUAAUCCUUUUGAGAUAGAUUUUCUUGAUAUAAAAGAAUCUAAUGAUAUAGCAACAAUUUCAUGUAGAAUAGGUGACUUGAUAAUACCUUAUGCAAUUCUAGAUACCGGUGCAAAUGAUUCAUUAUAUACUGAUAAUAUUCCUGA